UUUUAGAAUUAGCACGUUUCAAAACAAAGUUUUAAAUCAUAUCAGUUGGUUGAACAACACUCAUAAGUUACCUGCAGAUGACCAGGACACUUUACAGUGAACACGUACAUUUGUGAUGGCGCGUAGUGUUUUCCACCUUCAGUUUCAAGAAUUUGAUGAUGACACAACAGUGACGUUUGAUGACCCCAUUAAAUCUCGAAAACAGCGAAGUGCUGAAUCUGGCUUUCUAGAGGACGAACGUGAUAACGUUACUUUGAACGGAGAUGACAAAACUGAGUUUCUGUCUGAUCAAAGAAAAAGUGCACCUUUCUGGACAUUUGAGUACUACCAAAUGUUAUUUGAUGUGGACAGUCAACAGGUAAAGAACAGAAUAGUCGGUUCGAUUUUACCAUGGCCUGGAAAAAACUUUGUUGAGGUUUAUUUAAGGAGGAAGCCGGACCUGUAUGGACCUUUCUGGAUUUGUGCAACUCUUGUUUUUGAAAUCGCUAUAAGUGGAAACAUUUCCAGUUUUCUUAGGCAACAGGUUCAGCCAGAAUACAAAUAUGUGCCAGACUUCAGGAAAGUAACCAUGGCAGCUACAGCAAUCUACAGCUAUGCAUGGUUAGUGCCAUUAGCUUUGUGGUGUUUUCUUACUUGGCGAAAUAGAAAGACCACAAGUCUUGUGUCCUACUCGUUCCUGCAGAUAGUCUGUGUCUAUGGAUACUCCCUUUCCAUAUAUAUUCCAGCUGUGAUACUGUGGAUAAUACCAAGUGAAGGGUUGAGGUGGUGCUCCAUUGUGGUAGCUUUGUGUCUAUCAGGGUCUGUGCUGGUAAUGACAUUCUGGCCAGCCACCAGGGAUGAUAAACCAAGGAUCACCAUUGCAGUUAUGACAUCCAUUGUGAUUCUACACAUCCUACUUGCAGUUGGUUGCAAGGUAUGUUUUUUCAGUGAAUACGAGACAGAAUCAGCCAAGGAUCAUAAAGACUCUUUGAAAGCGACCAACACUUUGUUAUCCACAAAAGCAAUUUAAACUAUAGAGGCCAUUGUACAGCUCUUUAUUGGUGUGGCACUCUCAUGUGUAGUUUAAGAGAAUUUGGCACAAAAAUUAUCAUGCGGGCACUGGUCUAGAUAAAACAACUUUCUUGAAUCUUUCAAUUGUAGCUGUACUUAUGUGAAAAUAAGAAAUUGAAACUGUGAUGGUGUUUCCAUGUUAACAUGACACAAGACUUCCUGUACAUAAUCUUUGCUCCUGCAAUGGUUAUUCUUCUGUAAUUGCAGCCUCUCCUGUUGCCUUAUUAGACAGAAUCAGGUAUCUUAAUAAUGAACUUGUGAGUUGUUUGGAUUUCACUUAAUCUUCUAAUAUUUGUUUAAAGUAAAAGUUAAGCCCUAUUUUGAACAUUGUUUUGCUUUGUGUUGUUUUUGAGCAGAUAAUCAUCUGCAGCAUGAUUUGCAGUUUGUUCGAUUGAGGUUAAGACACAUGUUACUGUACUGUUACCAAGUAAAAGAUAGAGGUGUUUUUUAAAUAUUUAUGUGAUAAUUGAGCUUGAGAUUGUUUUUCAAGAGGGUCAAUCUCCUGUUUCUAACACUUUGAAACGUGUACAUGUACUUAGAAUGUUUUAAAGUACAAAAAACUCUCCAUCAGGAUGAAGUAAUGGAAUAAUAAUUUAUAUCUAAAUGAACGUAAUUAUAAAUAGACAUAUUGAUUGAUUAGCUACUUAAGUUUUAAUGAAGCUGACAGCCACAGUUAGAUCCCUGAAAAUUGUUUAAAUAUUUUACAAUCUUGCAUUAUGCUGAGGUGGCCAUUGUUGUUUUAUUGUUAUUUUUUGUUACACUGUAUAUUGUACGUACACAGUACUUUCAACAAACUGUGUUUUUGAAUUUACAGAUAUGAAGUCACUUAGAAAAUACAUUAUGGAGCCUUUCAUUAGUUUACGGAUUUCGACACACAAAAAUAAAAACAGAAAUGUUGAACAUA